UAAUAGUUUCCCUUCGGCUGAAACCCCGAAUACAGUACCACUCUAGAGAGCCACGUUGACUUUUUUGUCGACUCCACUCUACAAGUGCACUUUGUCACACUUUCAGUGCUUAGGCACGAUCGAGAUCAUGGAAUCUUUAAUGGUGGCGUCCUUACCCACCGUAUGGCUCUACGUCUGCGUGAACCCGGCGCUCACCAUAUCGCUGUUCAUCAGGGCCGGCAUCGGGCUUCUCAGCUGUUUUACCUCCAUCCUCAUUUUCUUCGUCGUGAGUUGCAACGUUCUGAUGCCCCUUCGAUUGUUCUUGGUCGUCAAUGUGGCGGCGGUGCUCAUCGACGUACCCGCCAACCUGCUCAUGUUCGGGCUCAAGCUGGCACGCAGAGACUUGAUAUUUCACGCGCACCCGUGCAUCGCGAUGGCGGACAGUUCAAACGCCCUUGUCCUCCUUGGCGCGCGGGCGGCUUCCAAUAUGCCGGACAGCUUCCUGAGGGCCAGGAUAAUCGCUGCUGUGACCAUUGGCGUGAUGCAGCUGGUGGUUCUCAAGCACAUCAACAGGAUGUACGAGAAUAUCCUGAAGAGGGCAGUCAGAAGCCGCCUGAAUGCAGUGGGACUUGAGGAGAAUCUCACAGACACACAAUCAACUAUAUAUAUCGCCGCAGAGACUGAUCCGUCGCCAGUGGUUCUGUGAUACAUUUGUGAAUCGAUUUGCUGCGUAACAUUUCUUAAUUACGGCAUGUUUUUUUAUUACGUUGACAUAAGAUAUUUGUGCCUUCUUCAAGUUGUCUUAAUUAAACUACGAUUACCUUUA